AUGUCAAAUCCGAUCUGGGUGAAUACGAAAGGUUUGCCAGCAAUAUUUGAUGCGCUGAACAGGGACGACACUGCGGGUCUGGAAAACGUUUUGGAAACGUCACCGGAAAGCGUCAACGACCGCGACACCGAAGGUAGAACAGCGUUGCACUGGGCCGCUGCCCUGAGACGAAGACUCGUUCCACUGCUUUUAAGCCACGGGGCAGAUGCUCUGCUGCAAGACGACGCUGGCUGGAGUGCGCUUCAUAUCGCUUCUACGGUUUCCGGACCCGAGGGCGUAGCUGUCGUGCGAGCGCUGCUGCAAGCGCUGGCUGGACGUCGCCAGUUAUCCGCAGCGCUACUCGCAGAGACGCACACAGGCGCAACGCCUGUGCUGCUCGCGGCAUCGAAGGGCAACCUGGACACUUUGAAGGAGUUGCUUUCGAGUGGUGUCCCGGUUGACCUCGAAAAAACGGAUACGUACGGAAACACUGCGCUUAUGCGGGCGACGAGUGCCGGGCACCUGGAAGCAGUUCAGCUGCUGCUGGAGCUCGGAGCCCGCAUCUCGAACGUCAACGAGAAAACAGGCCAGAAUGUGCUCCAUGUCGCGUGUUCGGAAGCAAGAAUGCCCGUGCUGCAGCUCCUAGUCUCCUAUGCAGACGAAGAGGCUUGGCAGCUGCUAGAUCGACAACAGCACCGUCCGCGCGAUCUGUUGCCAAAGUCUAUGCAGCUCGAAUUGGCCUCGCUCGAAGGCAAUCUAUCCAUGCUAAAACCCUAG